GGGGCACCAGACCGAGUGGGAGAUAGGCAGAAGUUGAGAGAGAAAUUGUAUCUGCAGUGCCCCAGAGCCCCAGAGGCAGAACCACUGGGCUCCAUUCACCUUCAUAAGGUAAAAAAAAAAAACUUGGCUUACUUAUUAGGUCAGAUUUUCUCUUGCCCAGGGAUACGGGAGGCUGGAAGAACAGCUUGGGAAUGGAGGAAUUUGUGAACUGCAUGCAGUAGGCUUUUAAUAUUUAAUCUGCAAACUCAAGCGGUUUCUAUUUAAACCUUCUGCCUUCAUUCUGGUAUGGUCCCAGGGCUUCUCCUCCUUGCACCAUAGAGCCUGUGACCUGAAGGCUGAGCUCAAGGACGCUCCCUGCUGAGCCCCUGCUGGCUCCCCCUUGCUCUGCCCGCUGACCUCUGCUCGCCCCGAACGUCCCCCAGAAUGGAGCGAUCCACACAAGAACUUUUCCUCAACUUCAUGAUUGUCCUCAUCACUGUGCUGCUCAUGUGGCUCCUGGUGAAGUCCUAUCAGGAGUAAAGGACGGUCAGAUACUCUCAGAGCUGGUCUGGGUCUCUGUGGGCAGACACCAGUAACACCACCACACGUCUCUGUUAGGAGCUUUUGGUCAAUUCGGGAUGCCGUGAUCUUUUUUACUCUCUAGUCUCUGUUGCCCGUGUUCAUGUUUGUAAUGGGUCUGUGAUGGUGUAAUUAUUUUAUUCUGCACUGAUCCAGCUGUAAAAUGCAAGAUCCUUAGGAAAUGUCCUAUGUGGCUGUAAGUUCUGUGCCCCUCUGCCCACGCGCCUGCUUCUUUGGUGGCAGGGCAGGGUAUAACCCCUGCAGCAUGCAGUGGGUCUGUCUGCGAGCCAGCAUAAAAGGCACAGACUUGCUUAGCAGAAAGAAAUGUGAAACCGCUGCUUUCGCUUGAUUUUGUUUCACCUCAAUAAAGAACAUGUAAAACCGUU